AUGGCGUGGCACUCGGAAACCUACAACUUGCUCACCGGUCUGGAUGAGCCAGCUGCGCCUGCGCCUGCUCCUGCCCCUACUUCACGCGAGCCACUGCGCGAAACAUUUCGAAGCACACUGCGCACCACGACGAAUGCGCCACACACAGUAGUACCCUCAGACCCGAUCAACGAAGACCUCCGCGCGCAAAUCAAUACUCUUCGAUAUGAGCUUGAGACGGCCAAGCAGGAGAAAGAGAUGAAGAAGCUGGAGCAUGCCCAGGAACUCCGCGAUGCGCUGAACCGCGCAGAGACCGACUUUCGCAAAGCACAACAGGCCGAGGCCUCGAGUGCGAUUGUGACGAAGAAAUGGGAGGCGCUAAGUAAGGAGAUGGCUGAGGCACAGACACGGGCUGCGAACGAACGACAGGCCCUCGAGAGGCGGCUUAGAGAGAGCCAGGAGAAGGCGCAAUCACUGCAGGAGGACUUUGACGAGAUCAAUGAGGAGCUGCAGACGGCGCAAAGGCAGAAUGACUUCAGAUACAAUACGCUGGAGGUGGAGCACAAGAAGCUGAAAGAGACCGUUGAAGAACUCCAGACGGAUCUGCAGGCCAAAGUCAAUGCGCUGCAGGCAACACAGAAGAAACUGGGCCAGAAAGAGGACGAGGUCGGUCAACUGGAGGCUGAGAUUCUACGCCUCAAAGCGAUCACUGGCGAUGCAGAGACACUGGCAGUGAUCAAGAGAGAACUCUCAGACCAGGUCGCGCAUAUCAAGAAAUUAGAAACAUUGACGCGAGAGCAGAACAAUGAGCUCAAGCAAUACCGAAAACAACACAAGGCUAUCGAGGUGGUCGAGGAAGAGAAGCGGUCGCUACAAACAAAAUUGCGCAUGAUGGACGAUCUACAACGGCAGCUAGGAGAAGCAGAAAUGAGGAAGCAGUUCUUGGAAGAGGAGCGCGAUUCGUGGACCUCAUAUCUCGAGGCUGAAGCCGAAACACAUGGAGAGAUUCAGUUCGAGACGCCUGCAGAUCUUGCAAGGGCUUUUGUUCAGGAGAGGAUAGAGCGGACCGAUUUACUCAAUCGACUCGGCGAGAUCAAGCCUGAGUUGUCUGUCAAGGAGGCCAACAUACAAGCACUCGAGGAAGAAAAGGCAAAACUGCAAGUGGAAAUACAGCAACUUAAGACAGCAGGUGCCAGUACUACAGCAAGCGCCGGCGAUGCAAAGGCGCGAGCGCGACUAGAACGACAGAAGGCCUUGGCGACGAAGGAGGUGGAAUUCCUGCGCGCCCAAGUCAAAGCAUUUGACGAUGAAGAGCGUGAAAUGCAACCCGAAUCAUUUGACGCCGCAAAGUCUGAGCGAAUCAAAGAGCUUGAAGACCUCGUCGACCAGUACCGCAAAGAAGUGGACGCUCUACAGAAGGAGUUCAAUAGCCUCGAGAAACCAGCGUCGGCGACAACAGGCCAAAAGCGCCCUCUAGAUGUGGACAAUGAAAAAGAAGAGCGCAUUGGCGAAUUACGCCGCAAGAACCGACAACUUCAAGAUGAUCUCAACGCUCUUCAAAAGCGCACCAAGCUCAUUGAAUCCGAAUACAAGGCCCAACACUCGCAGCUGAAGAAGCUCAAAGAGUCCUCGCGGAUCCGCGUCCUAGAACUCAAAUCCAACCCGACAGCUGACGCAGAAGCCCUCAAACUCAGUACUGUACGCCACCUCCGCGAAGCAAACGCGCAGCUCCUUUCCCAGCUCGAAUCGCAAACCCCACUACCUUCCAGCGUCCCCGCCGCGACCCUCGAAGCCGCUCAAGACGAACUCGAAGAACUAAAAGCCCAACUGCACUCGUCGACGAAGAAAAUCACCCGCCUCAAGCAAAUCUGGACAGCGAAGUCGCUCGAGUUUCGUGAAGCGGUGGCGUCUAUCCUGGGCUGGAAACUGGAUUUCCUACCCAAUGGGCGGGUCAAAGUAACGAGCAUGUUCAAGCCUGCAGACGACGAGGGCGAGAAUAGUAUCGUGUUUGAUGGCGAGAAUGGGACGAUGAAGGUGAGUGGUGGGGAGCAGAGUGUGUUUGCGGGCGAGAUUCGGGAUCAGAUUGUUUAUUGGGUGGAGGGGAGAAAGGAGAUUCCUUGUUUCUUGUCCGCAUUGACGUUGGAGUUUUGGGAGAGGGGACAGGGAGGUAUGACGAUGAAUGGGUGA